CAAGGAACGCUUUCCACUGGCUAGUUUGCACUCUGUUGUUCAACGCUCCCCGGUGAAUGCAUCCCCUCCAUCGAAAACGGAGCUCGCUCACUUGCUGCUCAAUUGCAGUUGGGGGCUCAUCCUGCAGGUCUGCUCGACCUCGUGUUGAUAACCGGAUUCAUAGGGGAAAAACGCGUCUAGCGAGGAGUGAGGAAUAGCUCCGUGGUAUAGCGUACCAAGCUACCAAUCUUCGCGAUGAGCUUCUCAUCCAGUAGGACGCGGAACAUCACCUUUGCAAUGUUUUCGCCGACCCAGCGCAACUAAUGUAGCCGCCGGGGAACGUUCCGGACAUCGUCCGUUGGGGCUCAUGUAUGCAACUGCAGCGCCUUGCUGCAAAUUCGCCACGAUUGUACUAGCGGUCGAGCUGAGAUGCGAUCUGUUCGGUGCUGUUGCAUCCAUCAGAUCGAUGGGACCUGUGUGUCUUGGUGCUGAUAGCGCCCGACUUCUCCGUACUUUGUCAGAGCUUCCGGGGCUGAGCCUUGCAUUCAGCCAGUCAGGUACAUUGCAGCACGGGGAAGUGAAAGUACCAUCCGCCAAAGGGGACGAGCAAUGGCAACAGACAGGUCCAAUGAGAGGAACUUUCAUGACGUUCUCACCCGUCAUAGUUGAAGUUGCCCCGAGGAUGAACCACGGUGAGCGGCGACGAAUUUUAACUCACACUUGCCAACCAAUUCUCAAAGCACCGACGAAUGGCAAUGCGCGGAAGCCAUCCUAUCCCUGUCGCGCGCGCGGUGAAUGGGGAGAGAUGGAUCGGCAGCCUGCACAUCCUUUCCUGGUUCUGCUUUGGCUGCUCACUCCCACUCGCUCCCACUCGCUCCCAGCCAUGAUCCGUCAGAAGGUGUGUCGAACCCGCGGGAAUGGAUCGUCCUGCCCCAAGCCGUUGACUUCCUUUGUGGUGGAGCUUAAAAUCCGACCAGAGAAGGAAAAGUACGCCAGCCCACCUCCACUACCAGAUUGGGGGGUACCGUCUAGGUGCAUUAUCAGUGGCACUAGUCAGGGUAGCGGGAGGCACGAUGAGAGAAAGGUCGAGCGAAGCAUUCCGAUAUUGAUCCUGACCCCGUCUUGCGGCGAUGGAGGCAAAGCCACGAAUCCGAUGGCUCGAUCGACCAUCAUGCCUCUACAUCAUCGGCCAUGGAUCAUCGUCAUACUACUAGCGGUGGAUGAUGAGGAUCAUCGCCAUUCCUCCGAGAGCGACACCUCGUUGGCGGUGAUGAGUGGCCCCCCCUUCAGGGGAUUUGGGUUCCCGCUAAGGAGGGCAGCGGCGAACCAAGGGGCGUGA